AUGCGGCGGGCCAAUGCCAGCGCCCUGGUGGGUUUCAUCCUCCUGGGCUUCUCCGACCACCCUCACCUGGAGGCUGUGCUCUUCGUGUUCGUCCUCCUCUUCUAUAUGCUGACCCUCGUGGGGAACUUGGCCAUCAUCCUCAUCUCCUGUCUGGACCCCCUUCUCCGCACACCCAUGUACUUCUUCCUCAGCCACCUCUCCUUCCUGGACCUCUGCUUCACCACCAGCCUCGCCCCCCAGACCUUGGCUCACCUGCGAGGCCCCGGGAAGACCAUCUCUUAUGGUGGCUGCGCCCUGCAGCUCUACACCUCUCUGGCGCUGGGCUCCACUGAGUGCGUGCUGCUGGCGGUCAUGGCCUACGACCGCUACGUGGCCAUCUGCAAACCCCUCCACUAUGUGGUGCACAUGCACCCGCGCGUGUGCCGGCAGCUGGCUUCAGUCUCCUGGCUCAGCGGUGUGGCCAAUUCCCUGGUCCACGCGACCUUGACCUUGCAGCUACCUCUCUGUGGCAACCACCGGCUGGACCAUUUCAUUUGUGAAGUGCCAGACACCACCAUCAACGAGUUGGUGCUCUUCGUGGUUAGCAUUCUGUUCCUUGUGAUCCCUCCGGCAUUCGUCCUUCUCUCUUACGGCCUCAUAACUCGCGCUGUGCUCAGGAUCAGGUCAGCCCAGGCGAGGCACAAAGCCUUCAGCACCUGCUCGUCCCACCUUGCUGUGGUGAUCAUUUUCUAUGGCACCAUAAUCUACAUGUACCUGCAACCCAGGGACAGGUACAGCCAGGAACAGGGCAAGUUCAUCUCCCUCUUCUACACCAUGGUGACGCCCACCUUGAACCCUGUCAUCUACACUCUCAGGAACAAGGACGUCAAAGAGGCUCUAAAGAAGCUUCUCUCAGGAAAACUGGGCUCCCUACGGAGGCACUAG